AUGGGUCACCGGCGACUCUACUGGAGUUAUCAGAGAGAAUGUGGCCGGGGUUCUCACUCUUGUCACAUCUGCUCAAACCAGCACAGUCUGAUCAGGAAAUGUGGCCUCAAUAUGUGCCACCAGUGUUUCUGUCAGUCCAUGAAGGAUAUAGGUUUCGUUAAGUCGGUUUAA